AUUGCCUGUGAAGACAGCAAUGAGAGAGGAUGUAUCCGCAUGUCACUGGAUAGUAAACAUGCCAAGUUUUGGCUAAAAGACAACUUAUUCUCCGUCAGUUCUUCCUACGAAUGCAACGUUGAGCUGCAAUCACCUCAACAACCGGAAACAACAGUCUGAGCGGACCAAUCACAGUCCAUUCCCUCUACAUCACACGCGUUGAUGCGACGCGAAGUCAGAAAAUUCCGAAGGAGCAAGAGAUGCUACGGCGCAGGGUCGUAAAUCCGGUCUUCCUUAAAGCCACAUAAAUGUCGUAUGUCGGGUUGUCGUAAACCGAGGAAUCCCUUGUGAGGCACAGAGUUGUGAUGUUCCAUGCUUCUCUCUGACUGGUCAAAAUGUGUACCUCAAAUACAUAAUUUCAUGAAGUCCACACGAUUGACUGACAGGCAAUUAAUAUCUUCCUUUUUUAAACCUAUGUUAAUCCAUUAAUUCUUUAGAAGAGUGAAGUUAAAUUGUGGUUGGGUGAAUGUUCAUCUUCUUUUACCUUUUUUUAUUAUGUUUCUUACAAUUGAUCCACUUCAUCUCUCGGGUUUUGCCUGUCAAACAAGCUUCAGGGAGAAUUAAUUUCUGAACCACAAUAAACCCGGAAAAGGAGAGCGGAAGGUUAGCUCUGUUGUUAAACAGAAGUGUGUUAUGGAAUACCCAAAGUUAACUUAAUUAUAGCUACUUAGUAACGUGUUGGCUUUUUACUGACGGAAAUUUGGUCUCGGUUUACUUCGUUUAAUAGUCGUUGUUGAAACAAAAUCCAAAACUCCGAAUACGAUUUUUAGCACAAGGAAAUAUGGUUUCCGAAAUGUCUGAAUACAACUAAAUCGAAGACCACUUCCAAUCCAUCUUCUAAUGAUUGAUUGCAAAAUGCGCCAAAGCUGCCAUUCCUUUCAGGUAAGUUUGGGUACAUCAUUCGGCAGCCGACAAGGCAAAGUAUAGAACUUCCGGGUUACUCGUUGCUGAGCUUUCUGAACUUAAUAUCUACAUAACCUGUUAUGUUAAUAUACUCCUCUGUCAAGUUCAGUGAGUUCAUCACCACCCGUCCUGUUUGCUUUCGUGAUGUUUUUCCUGCCCUCAGCUUGCCUGUGUUCUCUGUGAAAUGAGCUGACUCUGGAUAAGUGCUUCUAGCAACCAAACACAAUGGCCAGAAUAUCCUGGUAUCAAGAGAAGAUUGGAGCCUAUGACCAACAAAUCUGGGAGAAGUCUCUGGAGCAGGCAAAUUUAAAUGGUUUGGACAGCAAGCCCAAAAAGACCGGCCACAUCAAGAACGAUCUCAUCGACGUCGACUUAGUUCGAGGUUCCACUUUCAGCAAAGCUAAACCGCAGAGUCCCUGGACAGCGUUGACUCGCAAGGGUUUGGUCCGUGUGCUGCUUUUCCCCUUCUUUUUCUCAUGGUGGAUCCAGGUCACCUCCAAGCCCAUCUCCUCAUGCAUUCUACUGCUCUACUUCAUGCAAGUGGCUGCCGUGAUACUCUAUGUGGAGGUCCCCGGGGCAAGUGCCAGCGAGGUAUUCGGGCCGUUGUGUUUAAUGCUGCUACUGGGAACUGUGCACUGCCAAAUUGUGUCCACCGAGUGCAGCCGCUGGCCCUCGGGCGAACCGUCUGCUGGCGACGGCAUCAGCGGAAGCAGUCCCGCUCGCAGGAGGAGGCCUAGGAAGGGAAGGGGGCAGAAGAAAUUGGAUGAGAAGAAUGAAAGAGAGGACAAAGAGCCGCAACUGCCAUUGCCGUUAGAGGAAGUUCAGCCAGCGAUGAAAAUGGGCAAAGGAAAGUCGAGCUUCGGCGCAUCAGAUGAACUCUCGAGUGAGGAAGAGGGUGGUGUGCAACAGGUGGAGGGGAUUCCCGCGGACCCCUGGCUGCCAUCUGCACUGCCAUCUUCUGUGCGGAACAGAAAGACCGCCACCAAAGCUGCUGUCAGGGCUCCGGAAAUAGCCGGGGCGUUCAGGAUAAAGCCGCGAGAAGUGGAGCGCUUACGGCCGAGCGGGGGCUCCCGACCGGCCUCCGACACUGAUGAAACCAUGUGGGAGGAACUCCUCCAGGACCCCGACUCUGCCUCCACGGGGAGCAGUGACAGCGAGGACAACGGGAGGUUCGCCAGCGGCCUUGCACUUAAGCAGAACAUCACGCUGAGCAGUGACGACGAGAGUCUGAAACAAGGCAUCGCAGGGCACCAACUAUCCUGGCUUCAGGCAUGCCACCCUUCCAGGGACAGAGUCAGCGCCAUCAUAUGGGAGCAUGGCGAGUGUAAGAAAGCAGACAUGUCUGUUCUGGAGAUCAGCGGGAUUAUCCUCACUCGGGUGAAACUUGCAGAGCAGGGUGUGGGCUACCUGGUGUUCGGUGGGCUGGUAACGGCCACGUUGGCGCUCCUUCCCUUCGCCUUCCGCCUGGUGCAGCGUCUGAGCAUGUCCAACCCCGGAUCGCCCUCGGCGGCUGAGUUUCUGGAGGUUGCCUUUAGCCCAGCCAGUGUGCACGCCUAUGCCUUCUUCUUCAUCACCACUGUGCUCAGAGUGUGCCUAACAGGGCUCUUCUUCUUCAUGAUGUGCGUGGCGGAGAGGACCUAUCAGCAGAGACUUUUAUUCGCCAAACACUUCAGCCACCUGACAUCUGCUCGCAAAGCCAAGAAAUCGGAAAUUCCUCACUUCCGACUGAAGAAGCUCCAAAACAUCAAGAUGUGGCUGUCCCUGCGUUCCUUCCUUAGGAGGCGAGGGCCGCAGCGCUCCGUCGACGUCAUUGUUUCCACCAUCUUCCUCCUUGCCCUUUCCAUCUCAUUCAUCAUCUGUGCACAGCUUUUGCAAAGCCACAAGACCUUCCUGGAUUCGCUGACUAACUGGGAACUGAUGUUGUGGGCCUCCUCGCUCAUCCUCUUUCUUCUUCGACUCGCCACCCUGGGGUCUGAGACCAACUGCAAGUACAGCAACUCCUCAGUGCUGCUUACUGAGCAGAUUAAUUUGUAUCUGAAGAUUGAGAAGAAACCCAACAAGAAGGAGGAGCUCAACAUUGUGAAUAAUGUUUUGAAACUGGCUACGAAAUUGAUGAAGGAACUGGACACGCCGUUCCGCCUUCUCGGCCUGACCGUCAACCCGCUCAUCUACAACAUCACCAGGGUUGUCAUCUUGUCGGCCGUGUCUGCAGUAGUCAGUGACCUGCUGGGUUUCAACAUCAGACUGUGGAAAAUCAAAUCCUAAUGUGAAUGUGGCAACGGGACUUUUUGGCUUUUAAAACGGGGAAAAAGUGCUGCUUUUUGGCCUGUGGGCAACUCGUGCAAAGCUACUGACCGCCUGGUGACGGCUGGCGCUAUGAAGCGUCACUCUUUGGAUCCCUUUUAAUGUGGUCUAACAUAGCUGGGAAAGUGAAAUAUUGUACAGUCUUCUGAGAUCUAAAAAUGCUACAUAAUGCCAGUAAUUUAACACAGGUGCGCCUCUUACUUGGUUUCUAUUUAUUUUAAGUUCUAGCACUUACGUAUUAUUAGACUAUGAUGACCACUAUUUUUCUUUUCCAUUGACGACCACUCUUAUUGAACUAUGCAAGUAGGGAUUGAUUAACCCUUGUGUUAUGGUCAUCUUUUUCCAAGCAAAGCAACAGUGUUGUAAGGUUAAGAUCCCUUGUAAAGUGGGGGUACGCUCAUUGCUCACUUACGGACAUUUUUGAGCAUUCAUUGAACCUGUCUUACUUGCAUGUGAACUGUGGGAGUAUGUGCUAUUAUUGCAAGGGGAUGAGAACAUUUUUGGUGUAGCAAAGAACCACUUCAUUUUUUUGUUUUUCUAAUCUAUAAGGCACAUGUAGACUACAAGCAUUUAUGUUGUCAAAUUGGGACUUUUUGCAAUAACAUUUACUUUGAUAAUUCCUUACUUUUAGAAUGUGGACCAGAUAAAGUUCUUAGGGACUGAUUUAAUAAUCAUUUGUAAAAUAAAAUGUUUCCACUUCA